AGCAGCGGCAGCAGCCUCUUCCCCUCGUUUGCAGGCACCAACUCUGAGACCGCGGCCUUCGCCGGCGCCCGCAUCGACUGGAAGGAGACCCCGGAGGCUCACGUGUUCAAGGCGGACGUCCCGGGGCUGAAGAAGGAGGAGGUCAAGGUGGAGGUCGAGGACGGCAACGUGCUCCAGAUCAACGGCGAGCGCAACAAGGAGCAGGAGGAGAACGACAAGUGGCACAGGGUGGAGCGCAGCAGCGGCAAGUUCCUGCGCCGGUUCAGGCUGCCGGAGAACGCCAAGACGGAGCAGAUCAGCGCGUCCAUGGAGAAUGGCGUGCUCACCGUCACCGUGCCCAAGGAGGAGGUCAAGAAGCCCGAGGUCAAGCCCGUCCAGAUCACCGGCUAGAGCCGGGAGCCUGGCUGUUUUUGCGUCGUGUGGAGUCGCUCGACGUGGAGUCUGUUCUUCCAUUCUUGUGCUAGUGUUAGCGUCCGAGUCCGAGUAAAGCUUCAGAUGUGGUUUGGAAAAUUGAACAUGAGCCGUGGCUGCAGUGUUUUGUAAAGAUAACCGAAGUCGAAGUCUUUGAGUCUUGUAAUUUGUGGAUCAGUGUCGAGAAGUCUUUUGAGUCUUGUAAUUUGUGGAUCAGUGUCGAGUUUGCACAAAACCCAGUUUCAAUAAAUUUCUAUUACGUGAGUUGCUAA